AUGCUGCAACAGUCGGACGUGGACCGGGUUCGCGAAGAAGCCACUGGAGCUGCCUCGCCUCCCAUCUCGCCCAUCGGCCGCGGUCGACGCGGCACCGUGGACUCGGAUUUCAUCUCACCUACUCGUCGUGUCUCCGGUCGCGACGGAGAGAGCGGUGCAGGCGUACGUCGGCGCAGUUCAGCCGCCUCUCGUCGUAGCGGUCGCAGUGGUGGCAUUCCUAGCCUGGCGCCCCGGACGACUCUGGCGCAGCGGACGCAGGGCAAAUUCACCGUCGCUGGCCCCGAUGACACACCGCAGCUGCGAUUGGCGCAUGAGCCCUUCGUGCAGCCCGGCUACGGCGAUCUCAACCCGGCCUACGAACAGCCGGUGAAUGCGAGACCGGUCUGGGGUCUGGCGAAACCUUUGCCGCGUGUCGUGCGUUCGGGCAUGGUGCCGACCAAGGAGGAACUGCUUGAAGCACGCCAAACUGCCCAAUUACCGGCGGAAAACUCCCAGAAGCUGGGGCUGGAGGUGGACCCAAACGACCUCGAGCAGGGUCAGAUCGAAAAGACGACGGACCCGCGCCUCAUGGCGGCCCAGGUCGAGGAUGCGCGCCUGCAGCGCGAGGCCAACUUCAUGAACAAACUGCUGUCGGGCGAUACCGCGUCGAUGCGCCAGGGCUCGCGCAUGUCCCGCACCUCGUCGACGCGUCGACGCCGAUCCUCCGCGGGGGAGACCCCAGUGCCCAGUGUGCACGGCGGCGACGAGACCGAGGAGCCAUCCGCCCCGUCGCACCGCGUGAGCAACGAUCAUCGACCCAGCGAUGUCCCGCUCCACCCAGUCCCGGAGGAACCGGAAUGGCAUGGCGACGACGACACGGCGGGGGACCCCGACGAGGACGCAGAGGAGUUCAAAGAAGGGCUGGACGAACUGGAGGCGCUGAAGGACCCAGCCCUGCCCGAGGAUCUCCACCCCCUGGUGCAGGAGCUGGUCGAGGACGAAGUCCACAACAACCACACCACCUGGUCGGUGAUUCGGACGCAUCACCGCGAGGCGCUGGCCGAGGCGCUGGGCGUCUUCGUGCAGCUGUUCGUGGGCUUCUGCGCCGACUUGGCCGUCACCUGCGCUGAUGCAGGCAACCCAAACACGACCGACUGGGCGUGGGGGUUCGCGACGAUGAUGGCCAUCUACGUCUCUGGUGGUAUUUCCGGUGCCCACUUCAACCCGGCCAUCACCAUCAUGCUGUGGUUCUACCGUGGAUUCCCGAAGCGACUGAUGCCCGAAUACUUCGCCGCGCAGUUCCUGGCGGCUUUCAUCGCGGCGCUCUGCGCCUACGGCCUCUACUACGAGUCGAUCCACGAGUACCUGGCCACCAACGCUACCUCGGGCAUCGUCAACAGCUUCGUGACCAACCAACGGUAUAGUUGGAUCGGCGGGGCCACCGCGUUCUUCAACGAGUUUCUAGGCACGAUGAUCCUCACCGUCGUGGUGCUCGCGCUGGGUGAUGACCAGAACGCGCCGCCCGGAGCCGGUAUGAACUCGCUGAUCGUGGGAUUGAUGAUUAUGAACAUGAGUGUCGCGUUCGCCUACCAGACCGGCGCAGCCUUCAACCCAAGUCGCGAUUUUGGUCCGCGCCUGGCUCUGUUGGCCCUGGGCUACGGCAGUGACCUGUUCCUUAACCCCUACUGGUUCUACGGUCCGUUCGUGGGCGCCAUCGGUGGCGCGAUGAUGGGCGCCUUCCUGUACGACUUCUUCAUUUUUACGGGUGGCGAGUCGCCGGUCAACUACCCAUGGGAGCGCACCCAGCGGUCGAUGCGCAAGAGCAAGAUGAAGUGGAAGCGUCGGCUGCAUCUGGCCAAGGCAGAGGGGAUGGAGAAGGAGUAA